AUGACGAAUUAUACUCUGUGCCGAUUAUGUUUAGCAGAAGAUGUAACGUUUUACGAGCUAAAGAAAGGUGAUCGGCUAUUAGACACAAUAUACCAUCUCACAUCGCUGGAGCCAUUGCCAGCAGCUAUCGAAACUAUUGUGCUGUGUGAAGAGUGUCACGGUUCAGUUACACGGUACGGUCACUUUCGUGACUCAUGUGUAUUAAACGAUAUGAUAUUUCGUGAACGAUUGGAGUACGGCAGUUCUAUAGAAACGGUAUGCAUUGAGGAAAGCUUUAUCGAGGCUGUCAAGGUGAUGCCAAAAGAGGUGGAUGAAGACCAAAUGCUCAACCUAACCGAUGAAGAACAACCACUGCUAGAAAAGGAGCUAUUGGAAGAACAGGCGAACCCAUUAUCGGAGAAUUCUGAGAAGAAAGAGCAACACAACAGACAAACGAGAUCACAGACUAAAAAAGCACAAACGGUUAGAAAACCGACUAAAAAAGGGAACAAAACAGAGGAGGAAAAUGGUGCGGAAACUAAGCGGAAGCGUAAGUGUGACCUCGAAACAUCCAACCGUUAUCUACCGUGCGUACGGUGCGGUAAGAUGAUACGGCGGAGCAAUAUGCGGAAGCAUAUGGAAACGCACGAGGAAACACCCAAACUACCGCAGCUGUCCUGUACGCACUGUGGCAAGAAGUAUCGGGAUGCGGGCCUGCUAAAGGUGCACAUUAAUAGUCACCAUACGUUCGAGCGAAAGUAUGCGUGUGACCAGUGUGACAAGGUGUACUUCCGGCCGAAUUCCUUGCGGGAACACUUUUACGCGAAACAUUCCGACGUGAAGCGGUACGAGUGUAAUGUGUGUGGGUUAAAGUUUAGCAACUAUUCGAAGAAAACGUAUCACUACAUUAUGACGCAUACGGUGGCGAAACCCUACUCCUGCCAGUUCUGCGAUAAAGCUUUCAAACUUAGAAGCGACUUUACGCUGCACGUUCGAACGCACACGGGAGAAAAACCGUUUUCCUGUGAUAUUUGCGGGAAAAGGUUCAACAAAAGCUACAACGUGGUAAUACACAAAAAAUCUCAUAAGAAUAAUGCGCAUGUCGUUGGAAACUAA